AUGAGUCGUACAUCAUAUAGCACUCCACAAGUUGUAGAAUUGGAAAAAGAAUUUCGUACCAAUCGUUAUCUGAAUAAGCAACGACGAAAUGAGCUUGCCACAUUGUUAGCACUAACUGAUCGACAAAUUAAAAUAUGGUUUCAGAAUAGACGGAUGAAAGAGAAGAAACAACGACUGGCUGCUGCUCCACCAAACAAAACUAUCGUUACCACUACUACUACUACUAGUAAUACAACACCAAUAGCAACACCAACAACCAUUUGUACCACUGCAACCACUACUACCAUCCUUACAACCAAUUUACCCCUUAGGGCUUUUUUACAUAGUAAUGAUAAUUGUAUUGGUCAUCGGAUCGAAAACGAUGAAGAAAAUAAUGGUGCCAAGGAUUGCAUCAGUAGUGGUAAUAUGAUGGAGAAGACGAAGAAAGAAGAGGAUAGGAAUGAGAAGGUAGCAAUUGUAGGAACAAUAAUUAAUGAAGUAGCUAACAGGACAUCCUAUACAUCACUCUGA